UUUAUUUUCUCUCACUACAUCGUUCUCUCUCUCUCUCUCUCUCUCAUAGCAAAUCACUUUCUCUCUCUUCACCAUUAACCUAAGCCCCACCGUCACUUUCUCUCUCUUCACUGUUAACCUAAGCUCCACCGUCAAUAACCACCGUAUAUGGCAGACAUCCAGAGAAAUCGUCCCGGCGUCACCAGCCACCGCCAGCCAAGUCGAUUGCAAAGCCGCGCUCCGUCGUCACUUCAGAUUAACCGUACCGUCGAUUGGAACGCUGCGAUUCCCCUUCUCUCGCCGCUGGCUUCGUCACCGCCGCCGCCUCCACUACCACAAGCAAAAAGGGAAGAGUCUACGCCGCCGCAGCAGCGCCGGCAGAUCGCGGAGGCGGAAAAGAUAGUUUUCAAGAAGUGGCAGCACCCUGCGGCACCGUUCUGCUACGGGACUGCUUCAGUGGUUCCGCGCUUCUUUUAAUUUAACUUGUAAAUUGAAAAGAAGAAAUAUCAUUAGAAAGAUCUGACAUUUUUUAUUUUUCUUUUUAUACAUAUAUGUUAUUCAUAAUGAGAUUUGCUAUAUUGAUAAAGAUAAAUACUUUCACAUGUGUAUCAAGAUUUGAUGUAUUAGUCACAAAAAUGGUGUUUUAAAAAAAAUAGAAAACAACUUUAUUUGUUUA